AUGUCCGGCUGUGUUGUUUGCAACAAGCCCCUUGAGGUAGAAGUAGAGCGGGACGAAGACGAUGAGUAUGAGGGAGGAGCGUCAUCAUCUGGCAAAGGCCCUGCAGCAGCAGCAGAAACCUACCCAGACGAUGUUCAACUCAUCUGCGGUUGUCACUUUCACUGGGAUUGUCUCCUCUCAGCGUACGAGAUAACGUCGUGUCCCAAUUGCUCCAAGGAAAUUUCUACCAUGGGCGAUGGCGUACAAAAGGUUCUGUGCAGGCUGAACAACGAGGGCGGAAUCCAAGAGAACCUCGACAUCCUACCUCUCCUCACCGAAGAAUCGUACCUCAAAGCAUACCCCGAAGAUCGAAAAGCGCGCGCAUUCCUCGAGUUCUGCCGUGAAGGCGACUACAAAGCCGUGAUUGAUAUGCUGCUCGAUGACGAUAUGGAGGAAGACGAAGAAGGAGAUGUGGAGAUGGGCACAACCGACCACCCGGAGAAGGAAGUCGGUAUCGAUAGGCUGCUGAGAUACCAGGACCCAAUUGGCGACAUGCAGUCCGGGCUACAUGCCGCGGUACAUGCGCAGAGCAGGGAAGUCGCUUGGUUGUUGCUGCUGCUAGCAAGCAACUAUCCUCUGCUUGAGUUCCCUCCACAGGUCUUCCAAGAGGCUGAGGCUAUGGGUAUCAUGAGGGGACUGACAGAGGACAAGGUCGAUAUCAGGAGCUUGAGGGAUGCGAACGGCAAGACUGCUGAGGACAUCGCCAAGGAGGUGGGUGGAGUAUGGGUGGGAUGGACAGGCAACAACCGAUUGGCGAUUUGA